UCGUCAUAGUUACAUCAAAGCGGCGGGGAUUCUCGUUGUCUGCCAGUAUUGCAGUACUGUACUGUGUGGCCAACCACUUGUUUUGUAGUCCUGAACUCAGAAAGUAGAUUUAUUUUUGAUAAAAUAUAAAUUUCUUGCACUCAUUUAAAUAAAAUAAUCGAUAAUGGCAGACGAUAAGACCGAUGAAACGAUCGAUGUAAUUUCCACAGCAUCUUCCGGAGAAAAAGUUGAAGAUAACGAAAAAGAAAAUUCAUCUAAAGUGAAGACUCCAAUUGAUCCAACAGAAAAAUUGAUGAUUGUAUUCAGCUGUUCUGUUAUUCUUGUCGUCAUCAUUUUUGUUGUUGUUCUAGUUACGAAUGGAAUAAAAACAGCAGCGUUGAGAAGUGUUUGUGAAGAAAUUGAAUCAAGAAAAAAUACAGGAAAAAGUGCUGGAACGUCAGUCCAACAACCGUCUGUAGAAGAUAUUAUGUUUUGUCAAAGUAUAAAGUGCAAAUUUGAUGUUCUGAAUUGUAAAGUGCCUUGUCCUUUUGGAUUCCAAAUAGAUUCAGAUGGUUGUGCCACUGGUUGCCAAUGCGGAGGGAGAGGAAUAUUGCAAGGAGAUAUCGCAUUUGAUGAAGCAGAUGUGCCAGUCAUGAUGGAUGAAUUUGGUUUAUCCAAUGAGCGACAGGAUUUUAAUAUUGAAGGACAAGAUGUAGGAAUUCCAUUGUGGACACGAAACAAAUUUGAAGGAGAAGAAAAUCACCUGACUAUUGCCUAUAACUUGGAUGCUGAUUUAACUGAAGAACAAAUCUCUUCAUGGAAACGAGCUAUUGGGCAACUGGAGAAGGAAAGUUGCAUCAGAUUUAAAGAACGGAGCCAUGAAGAAUUAGAUUAUUUAUUUGUAACAAAAACAGGAUCCCCUGAUUGCACAUCCUUCAUUGGGCGCAAGGGAGGUCAACAAAAGAUAGUGAUGGGCGAUUGUUUUUCUUCUCGACAUGUAGAACACAUGCUCAUGCAUGCUUUAGGAUUUCAACAUGAACAUGCAAGACAUGACAGAGAAGCUUAUAUUGAGAUUAAAUUGGAUAAUGUAAUGGCAGAACACAAAGACAAAUUCAAUGCAGUUUCUAAAGAUCGCACAGAACCAUACACGACAGAUUUUGACAAAGAUAGCGUCACUAUGUUCAGUGGAUAUGCCUACUCAAUAGCAGAAGACAAACCAACGAUUAUUGAUCUUGAAACAUCACAACCUGUAGUUGUUUCAGAUCACGGCUUGUUCUCUGAGAACGAUGUGUUAGACAUCAAUGGUCUCUACUGCAAAGGAAUCGAUCCUGAAUCUGCUGAAAUGGAAAUUGUGGAACAAGAGACUGUGUUGGGAAACGAUACAGACGAAAUUAUGGAAACAAUGGUCAGGUCUGCUCAUCAAGUUCAGGCAUUCUGGACAAAUUGGGCGAGUUGGGGGAAAUGUGACCACACCUGUGGACCGAGAGCAAUUAUGAGUCGAUAUCGUAAAUGUAAAACAGAGAAAGGACAUACAGUAGCAGAGAUGUGCCGUGGUGGGAGUGUGAUGACUCUUCCAUGUAAAGAUAUUCCUUGUCCGAUGAGAAGUUCUUUGAAGCCAAGAUGGUCAAAGUGGUCAGAUUGGUCUGAGUGUUCUGAAACAUGUGGUGGUGGAGCAACGUUCAGAUCUCGAGAAUGUAGCAGAGGGAAAUGCAGAGGAGAUCAUUAUCAAUAUGAAAUGUGCAAUACAAUGGAGUGUAGAUCAAGCGAAUUCAAUAGAUUUGAUCCAUGGAGUGAUUGGAGUCAAUGUUCAGUUGAAUGUGGUGGUGGACUGAGAUCUAGAUUCAGAGAAUGCAAAACAAUUUCAAGAAAGAGAUCUAGAGAAUGUGGAGGAAUCGUGGACGAUGAUGGAAUACAGUAUCAAUCUGAAGUUUGCUCUGAUGUUCAAUGUCCUUAUGGUGCAAUCCCUGACAAAUGGUUUGAUAACUCAGCAAUAUCGAAAGCAAUGGAAGAACCCGCUUGGUUUUUGAGAUCAGAAAACCAGCUUCCAGUAUCAGUCUGUGAACCAGGAUUGAAAACUCAGUGGUUGUUCGGAGAUUUUAAUGGAGAUCGAAGGAGUGACAUCUUGUGUAGGAAUGAAGAAGGAGAUGUAAAGAUAGUACUAGCCGGCCGAGGCAACAGACUUGAUAAAAUAUCUUGGGAAGGGAAGUUACAUAAUUGCAUUUUAAAAAGUUUACACACUGGAGAUUUUGAUGGAGAUGGAACAACUGAUGUCCUAUGUGUUGCAGUAGAUGGUGUCGAAACAGACAUGAUACUCUUCCCAAUUCGACGUGGAGAACCCAAAGAUCCGGUGAUGAUCGGCAAUCUUUGUGUUGAUAGUAAUUGGAAAGUUUACGUCGUUGAUGCAAACGGAGAUGGAAAAGAUGAUAUUUUAUGUCGAGAUGAAACAGUCGAACCAAAGAAAUUUUCAAAGAUUCAUUUAAAUAUUUACGAAAUCUAAUUCGAGUUUUUUAACGUUUUGCUUUUAUUUUUCGAUGCUGGUAUUGAAUGUAGAUGAAUAUA